GCGAGCGAGCGCCCCCCUCUCACACACUGAUGUUGAACCCACAUAGCUUUCCAUGGGAUCUGCUACAUCAACAUCCCCCAUCAACAUGCCCCCUCACUCGUUCACUCAGUCCGUCUCUGUCUCUCUCUUGCUCGCUGUCCUCCUUUGGCUGCAGGGUUGUCAGGCCGAAGACUCACACCUUUUGGGUUCAGUCCCCAUUAAUAUAACUGAAGAAUCAGACAUGGCAAGCACCAAAGGAGUCCCCAGGAUGGGGAAGAUACUUAUUGAGCUGAUGACCCUACUGGGGGCUGUUGGUUUGAGCAACAGCGCUAUCCAGAGGCCUGACUAUGACGACACUGCGGCCCCCGAGUUCCUCAACCCCUCCUGGAUGGCGGACCUCCCGGACAGCCGCCCGCUGUCCGAGGUCACCAUGCCUGGCACCCACAACACCAUGGCCAUCUACGGCGGCGCCUUGGCCGAGUGCCAGUCCUGGAGCCUGGCGUCACAGUUGCGUGCCGGUGUGCGCUUCCUGGACGUUCGUGUGCGCCAUGUGCGUGGCAACCUCACCAUCCACCACGGCGUGUCCUACCAGCGGGCGCACUUCGGUGACGUGCUGGAGGGCGUGGCUGACUUCCUACGUGAGUACCCCAGCGAGAUGGUGCUGAUGAGGCUCAAGGAGGAGUUCAGUGAGACCUUUGACAUCUAUGGGGCGGUGGUCGGCUACAUUCACCUUUACGCCGAUUGGGACCUGCUGUGGCACAGUCGACUCAUGCCAACUGUGGGACAGGUGAGAGGGAAGCUCAUUGUCCUCCAGGACUUUGGCGGACCUGACCUCGGCAUGCGCUACGGCUCCCUGGACAUUGCAGACGACUGGAAGGUCCCCACCCUCCUGCAUGUGGCUGAGAAAUGGCAAAGUGUGCACGAACACCUGGAGGCUGCCCCUGUUGGCAACAAGGCCUAUAUCUUUCUCACCUAUGGCAGCGGAGCGGGCAUCUUUGCCUACCCCAACGCCAUCGCCCAGCGAAUCAAUGCCCGCCUAUACGACUACCUGAUGGCACUGAUAGGACAGAACAGGCGCUUCGGAAUCAUCACCAUGGAUUUCCCCGCCUCUCCCCUCCUUCAAAUGAUCAUCAACUUCAACUGAGAGAGAGGUCCCUCAUCUACUAAGCCUGCUACCAUACAAUCAACAUAGAUACUCUCAAAUUAAAAUUGUUGGGACACUACAUGAUGAUUGGGAGUCCAAUUUGCUCAUUGUACGCUUAUUUUCACUAUACCUUGCUACUUAAGUAAGCAGUUGUUUAUUGGUGAGGUUCGUCAUCGCUCUUGACUUUCCAACAAGCGGGCAAAACUGGUUGCAAUGAUGUCAGACUGAUAUAUUUUCUGAUGUCAUGGUCAGGUUGUGUACUAACUGUAAAAGGAAGUAAGACAUCAUAAAUUGGUUAUCAUCUGGUCCCCACAACCAGAAAACCAGAUACAACUAGAAAAUAAAAUUGUUAAGAUGUCCGAUAGCUAAUUUUGACCGCUGGCCAGGUGAUCAAGGACGAGUCGCAAUUCUAAUUUGUGUAGCACCUCAUCAAGAAAAGAACUAUAGGAAUUGACUAUCACUAUUUGAAAGGGCUAGUUCACUCCAAAAUCUAAGUUUUCCAGAUAUGUUUGGACUUCAAAAGUUGUCUGUCGAGAUUAAUCUAUGUCCCACACCAUCUGUUGUG